CAACAUUCAAGAGCGGACGAACUAGUCUGAGAAGUCAUUCAAUACAGUCUAUGCAUUCAACAAAUAUUCGCACUUAAACCUUCAAAUAACGUUUAAAACUUCACAUACAGUGACAUUAAUGAAAACAGAAUUAUUAUGUGUGUGUAGACACGGAUGGAAGACGUAAUGUCACGUUUGUGUAUCUUCAAUAUGUCGACGAUCUUUUCGGAUAACUGACUGUUAAUUUGAAAACCAAUCACAGCAGAGCAGAAAAUGUUGCUCACAGCUCGACGCCUGUCCAAAGUGCUGCAGCUCACCCUGGCGGUCAUUAAACCGGAUGCUGUAGCUCAUCCUGUGAUGUUAGAGGCUCUUCACCAGAGAAUCCUGGACAACAACUUUGUGGUCGUGCGAUGCAAAGAUCUGGUGUGGAGGAGACAGGACUCUGAGAGCUUUUACGCUGAACAUUCAGAGCGAUUCUUCUACCAAAGACUUGUUGAGUUUAUGUCCAGCGGUCCAAUGCGAGCGUACGUUUUAGCCAGAGAGGACGCCAUACGCCACUGGAGAGAGCUGAUGGGGCCGACCAAAGUGUUCAGAGCAAGGUUCACGUCGCCGGCUUCCAUUAGAGCGCAGUUUGGACUCACGGACACACGAAACACCACUCAUGGAUCAGAUUCUGUCGAGUCAGCACAAAGAGAAAUCACCUUCUUCUUCCCAGACUUCAGCACGGAGGAAUGGAUGAAGAAGGAGGAGCCAUUGUUCAGAUCGGGACAAAUAUGCUACGACCAACAGAAGCAGAUUCACACACUUUCAGCACAGAGCUGACCCCAGAACUGAUGUUACACCUUGAAUGACCGCUUAGGGACUCUGCAGCUGCUCAUAGCUGCUGGACACUAUAUGCUGCAUGCUGUUUAUGAUACACACUUUGCAAGGAUCCUCAGAAUGUGCCAACAUGUCUCUACCCUGUAGUCUGUCAUUAAAAGUGAUUUGUCUUGGAUUUCUAAGUUGUAUAAAUGAAUUUGAAACACA